AUGACCCGAUGUCAAAAGCCCAUCAGCUACGUCCUCGGCCACCACCCCUUUGGCGACCUGCCCAAGGAGCUCAUCGUCAGACCGCCGUGCCUCAUCCCCCGCCCAGAGACAGAGGAAUGGGCGAGCCAGCUGGCCAACAAGGUGGCCGAUGCUCUAGAGCAUCGAUCGAGGAGCGCUUCCUCAUCCUCAUCGUCCGCCGGCGUCGAUGGGCAGGUCAUCUUCAGGAUCCUCGACCUCUGCACAGGCUCCGGCUGCAUCGCCAUCCUCCUGGCGCACACGCUGCUCAAACGCCUCGGACCUUCAGGAUGGCACAUCACCGCCUGCGACCGCUCCGCCGACGCCGUCAAGCUGGCACGCGACAACGCCGUGCACAUCGGCAUCCCGCAGGCCAAUCUCCAUGUCUCCGAGGCCGACAUCUUCCACGACGGCGACAUGAAGGCCCUGCUCGGCGCCUGCCCUGCGGACCCUAACCGACCAUUCGACCUCGUCGUUUGCAACCCUCCUUACAUCCCGCGUGCAGAAUGGCAACAGCUCGACCCUUCGGUCAAGGCCUGGGAAGAUCCUCUGGCGCUGAUCGGAGAGGAGCGGGCGGAUCAGAGAUCCCCGGACGAUCACGGCAAGAGCACCGCCGCAUCGCUCGGACUCGACUUCUACCACCGGCUCGCUGUGCUGGCCCGGGACCCGACCUUCCUCUCAUCAGCGAGCGAAGCGCCACACAGCGAUGCGCUGCCUCGGAUAGUCGCCGAGUUCGGCAAGGGGCAGCACGGCGCCGUCCGUGGUAUCUUCAACGAUGCCGCUCUCUCCCAGGUACCAGCCCUGCAGACUUCGCCCAAGAUGGGUCCGUCUCCGCCAAAAGUCGUCAGGCUGAAGCAGAAGCUGCUCAUCGCCGGCCUGGGCAACCACACCCAUCCCUUGACGCGGCACUCGAUCGGCCAGCUCAUCCUCGAGGACCUGCCGAAGCGGCUGCACCGUCACACACUGGUCCAGCAUCAGCGACUGCAGGCCAAGGCGGAACGAGUCGAACGCUACCUUGCCUCGUCGAGGCGGUCGGAGAGCGGCGAUGCUGUCAAUGGGCGAGGGCGUCCGACUAUCGUCCCGCUGAUGCAUCCUGCCAAGGCCGACGAAGGUCCAGCAGAGCCUCUGGCAGCACCCGAGGACCUGUCCGGGGAGCUGGCCGUGCAUCGCGAGCUGCGCAGCUGGUCGUGCACCGUCCCCGUCCUCGUCGAGGUGAGACCUGCACCGUCGACGAAGCCUAGCGACGCGAAAACCAGCCGGAACGGGCCUCCGGUGAUGGUCCAGCUCGAUCUGGUCCUGUACAAGACGCGGUACCUGAUGAACGAGUCGGGCAAGGGCAUCGCCAGGGCCAUCAGCCACUUUGGCGUCGGCGGCUCCCAGGCCGCCCGGGAGGACCGCUAUGCCGAUGUGCUGAUCCUGCACGACGAGCUAUCGCGGGGCUUUGGGCGGAUCUCUCGCAAAGACCGGGGCAGCGCGGCGGGACACAAUGGGAUACGCAGCUGCUUUUCCUCGCUCAAGAUCCGCGACAUCGACACGGAGGUCCUGCCACGUCUCCGGAUCGGGAUAGGCAGGCCGGAAGAUGCGCCCUCGGCUUCCGCAUCGCAGCAGCGUGAGAGGGGGCUGAUGUCGAAGUUGAGCGCAAAGAUGGACACGGCGACGUGGGUGCUGAGCAAGAUGGACGGCGCUCAGGUGCAGAGCUGUCGGUUCGUCGACCCCCAACCGGACAGUGCGGCAGGCGACGAGGAGUGGAGGGUCGACGACUCGAAACCCAUCCCCAAGGGGGCGGAUGCAUCGGAGCCCGGCGUGGUCAUGGAGUUGACGGCGCGCAAGGUACUGGAUGGAGAGCGGAAGCCAGGUGGACGGAUCGAGGUCAGGAGGGAUCUGUUUGGCGUCGACCGCUCCCUCUGGCUGUACUGA